AUGGCGGACGGCAAGCAGUUUAACAUGCGGAAUCCGGCGGUGAAGCGGAUUCUGCAGGAGGUGAAGGAGAUGCAGCGGGAGGGCAGCAAGGAGUACACCAGCAUGCCGCUCGAGGAGGACAUAUUCGAGUGGCAGUUCGCCAUCCACGGCCCCAAGGACUCGGAGUUCGAAGGGGGGAUCUACCACGGCCGCAUCACGCUGCCCGCCGACUACCCCUUCAAGCCGCCCUCCUUCAUGCUCCUCACCCCCAGCGGGCGCUUUGAGGUGCACACGAAGAUCUGUCUGAGCAUCUCCAACCACCACCCCGAGCACUGGCAGCCCUCCUGGAGUGUUUACAAUUUCGUUUCCCAACACCCGUUAUCCUCCCCGGCAGUGCGCACGGCACUGGUGGCGCUGAUAGCCUUCAUGCCAACCAAGCCAGAUGGCGCACUGGGCUCGCUGGAUUACCCCAAGGACGAGCGCCGCAAGCUCGCAAUCAAAUCCCGACUCGCGCCGCCCAAAUUUGGGAGCCCCGGGCGGCAACAAGUGAUUGAUCAGAUUCACACAGCCAUGCUGCAAACGGCACCACCUAUCCCUGCUUCUUUGCAGUCUGCCUCCUCUCCUAGCCCUAAUGCUCCAGACGCCCCUCAAGCCACACCUGCUGAAUCUGCUCUUCCUCCUGCUGCUGAAUCAGUGAGUGCCGGUGCUGCUGCUGAUUCUGGUCCUUCUCCAGCUUCCCCCCUCGUGCUUCCCUCUUCCACCGACGCUUCGACCGAGCAGCCUUCUCUCAGCUCCCUGGUCCCUCUGCCAGCAGCAGCACAGCCAGGCGACACACCGUCCACAUCCUCCACGCCUGCAGUAGCAGGUUCUUCCUCUGGCUCGGCUGGUGUAAAUGAGACAGGGACGGGCCAUGCUAUAUCUUCCGGUCCUGAUUCCACAGGGGCCGGCUCUUCAGCUCCACUCCUGCAGGCAUCCGUCCCUGCUGUUUUUUCGGAAUCAGCUUCCGCUGGUCAAGCGGUGCCAGCAGGUGCAGCCGUGGAUGCUGCAGCAAUAGCAGGAAACCAAGUGCAGCAGCAGCAGUAG